AUGAUUCUUGCCUUCUUGCAGUUUGGGAAAACGGUCACGGAGAGUAAAAAGGAUCCUAUCAAGUUACUGAAGCUACUCGACAUUUUCGCGUCCCUGAGUAUGCUAAGGUCGAGCUUCAGAGAAAUGCGCCGCCUCCUUGACUGUGGUGUCCCGAGGGUCGUGAGCUUUAUUACCGAUUAUUGUAAUAAACUGCUUGGGGAUGAGUAUAAGCCAGUUCUCACGCAGGUGCUUAUUAUCAAGAGAAGUUGGAAGCACGAGAAGUUCCGGGAGAAAAUUCUCCUGAGCGAGAUUUUGAAUUUGGUCAAAGCUGUCGAGUCGAAUCUGAAGACUUCGUCAAAGAACGUCAAAGGCACGAGACUAGGUGGGCUCCUGGGAGAUUCUUGGAUAAAAGAGCAUGAGGAGUACACAUACUAUUAUUCAGCUAUGUAUUUACAAGAGAGCUGGGGAAAACUGCCGGGACUUUUGAGCAGGGAGGGCCUCAUUUUGUUUUCCGGCGGGCGAGCCACUGCCCGUAAUCUGGUAAAACAGAGAUUGAAGUCUUUUAACGUGGCUUUUGAUGAGAUAUACACGAGACAAAGUAAUUGGGUUAUUGCAGAUAACGAUUUGAGAAACAAGACGAGAUGCGCCAUAAUUCAUACCGUCGUUCCUGUUUACAGGAGCUACUUGCAGAGUUACAGGCCGUUGGUCCAGCAAGAACAGGGCCCGAAAAAGUACCUCAAGUAUACGGUUCAGUCUUUGGAGAAAGUACUGAGCUCUGUUUUCCAUCGGAAGGCUAUAAAAU